AUGUCGAAGAAGGAAGAUAAGCCCGCGGUGGUCCCGGAAGUGGACGACGACGAACCUGAUGAAUGGGACAAGCGGAUCUUCAGCACCGGUUGCGCAGUGGAGCAGGAUAGAAUGAACGAGUGCUAUUUUGCGAAGAAGGACUGGAGACAGUGCAAAGACGAGGUGAGUCACGCUGGAGACUGCUUGCAGCCGAAUCGCAAGCACCGCAUCACGUCCAUUCUGAGCUUUGGGUUCCGCCUCAUCGUCCACAAGGAAGCUGAGGAACUGAAGCUGAUCGAGCGUGUUAUGGCAGAUGGAGGCAUUUCGCGAGUGCUGGAAGCGCAAGGGCAAUGA